UCACUUUCGACCGCCGAACGGUGUCGUACCUAUAUAAAUUGACGCGAGCCCGCCAUCGCAGUGUACACACAUUCGCCGCUCUCCGAUCGUAUCGCGCAAACGUCGUUCCGUUUGCACAUUUAUUUAUUUAUUUAUUGCUGUUCGGAAGAAAAUUAAACCGAAAUCAUGUGCGACGAAGAUGUGGCAGCUCUGGUGGUGGACAACGGUUCCGGUAUGUGUAAGGCCGGAUUCGCUGGUGACGACGCGCCCAGAGCCGUAUUCCCGUCGAUUGUCGGACGUCCGCGGUACCAAGGCAUCAUGGUGGGCAUGGGACAAAAAGACAGCUACGUCGGUGACGAAGCGCAGUCCAAGAGGGGCGUGCUGACAGUCAAGUAUCCCAUCGAACACGGUAUCGUCACUAACUGGGACGACAUGGAAAAGGUAUGGCACCAUACGUUCUACAACGAGCUCCGUGUAGCCCCCGAAGAGCACCCUGUGUUGCUGACCGAAGCACCACUCAAUCCGAAGGCCAACCGUGAGAAAAUGACACAGAUCAUGUUCGAAACGUUCAACACCCCGGCAAUGUACGUAGCCAUCCAAGCCGUACUCUCCUUGUACGCUUCCGGUCGGACGACUGGUAUAGUAUUGGACUCGGGUGACGGCGUGUCCCACACCGUGCCCAUCUACGAAGGUUACGCCCUACCGCACGCCAUACUCCGUCUGGACUUGGCCGGCCGUGAUCUCACAGACUACCUAAUGAAGAUCCUCACCGAAAGGGGUUACAGCUUCACAACUACCGCCGAACGAGAAAUUGUUCGCGACAUCAAAGAAAAGCUGUGUUACGUGGCGCUCGACUUCGAGCAGGAAAUGCAGACAGCUGCGUCGUCCAGCGCUCUGGAGAAGUCGUACGAACUCCCAGACGGACAGGUGAUCACUAUCGGAAACGAACGUUUCCGGUGCCCGGAAUCGUUGUUCCAACCGUCAUUCUUGGGAAUGGAAUCGGCCGGUAUUCACGAGACCACGUACAACUCUAUCAUGAAAUGUGACGUGGACAUCAGGAAGGACCUGUACGCCAAUACGGUACUGUCCGGCGGCACUACCAUGUACCCGGGCAUCGCAGACCGGAUGCAAAAGGAAAUCACAUCACUCGCCCCUUCCACAAUGAAAAUCAAAACGAUCGCACCGCCCGAACGCAAGUACUCAGUAUGGAUCGGUGGCUCCAUCUUGGCGUCCCUGUCUACUUUCCAACAGAUGUGGAUUUCGAAGACCGAGUACGACGAGAGCGGUCCGUCCAUUGUUCACAGAAAAUGCUUCUAAUGUGCAGGACUACGGUUAUAGCAGUUAUACACACUCACAUAAUAUACAAUAUAUAAUAUAUAUAAAUUAUACAUAUAUUAUAUUGAUGUACACAUAUAACUAUUUAUAUAAUUAAUUUAUUAAGUUAUUUGGAAGUAUAA